AUGACUGUGUUCUUCAUUUAUUCUUUCAUUUCAGUGAUCAGCUUGAGUGAAUCUGAUGAAAACAAAACACAGGUGACAGACUUUGUUCUCACAGGACUCACAGAUCUCCCAGGAAUGCAGGUCCCCUUGUUCCUGGUGUUCUUGGUCAUCUACCUUACUACCAUGGUGGGCAACCUCGGACUGAUUUUUCUCAUCUGGAAGGACCCUCGUCUACACACCCCCAUGUACUUACUCCUUGGCAGUCUGGCCUUUGCAGAUGCUUGUUCCUCCUCCUCUGUGACUCCCAAGAUGCUGAUGAAUUUUUUAUCUAACAAUCACAUGAUAUCCCUGGUUGAAUGCAUCACCCAAUUUUAUAUCUUUGCUUCCAGUGCAAACACAGAAUGUUUCCUUCUGGUAGUGAUGGCCUAUGACCGCUACGUAGCCAUAUGUAACCCUUUGCUUUAUCCAGUGGUGAUGUCCAAAAUCGUUUGCAUUCAGUUACUAGGUGUUUCAUAUAUGAUGGGGUUUCUUCAUCCUAUGAUGCACACUGGUUUGUUAUUUAGAUUAACCUUCUGCAAGUCCAAUGUAAUACAUUAUUUCUACUGUGAAAUUUUACAACUGUUUAAGAUUUCCUGUACUGACCCAAGAAUUAAUAUGCUCUUGAUUUUUAUAUUUUCAGUCUUUAUACAAUCUUUCACCUUUAUGACUAUUAUCAUCUCUUACUCCUAUGUCCUCUUUGCCAUCCUGAAAAAGAAGUCGGAAAAGGGCAGGAGCAAAGCCUUCUCCACGUACAGCGCCCACCUGCUCUCUGUUUCCUUGUUCUAUGGCACCCUCUUCUUCAUGUAUGUGCGUCCCAGGUCUGGACCAGCUGAAAAUCAAGACAAAAUGUAUUCUGUAUUUUACGCAAUCAUAAUUCCCCUGCUAAAUCCUUUUAUUUACAGUUUGAGAAACAAAGAGGUUAUAAAUGCCUUGAGGAGAAUAAUAAAAUAUAAAUAG